AUGAUGGACGAUCUCACCGAGGCUAGCAGCGACUACGCCGCCAACUCGUGGGUCACCUGGUUCCUCUCCACCAAAGGCAACGAGUACUUUUGCGAGGUCGAUGAAGACUACAUCCUCGACCGAUUCAACCUCACCGGCCUCAACGCAGAAGUGCAGCACUACCCGCAGGCACUCGACCUCAUCACCGACUCGUUGGAGGAUGACCUCUCCGAUUCCAUCCGAGAUUCCGUAGAAGCGCAGGCCAAGCUGCUAUACGGUCUCGUCCACGCACGCUACAUCAUCACCACACGCGGCCUCGCAAAGAUGCUCGAAAAGUACAAGCGCGCCGAUUUCGGUCGAUGUCCCCGCGUCCUUUGCUACCAACAACCUCUGCUCCCCGUCGGCCUCAGCGACAACCCCUUCCAGAAAGCAGUCAAGCUCUUCUGCCCACGAUGCGAAGACAUUUACUCUCCCAAAAGCAGCCGACACGGUACCAUUGAUGGCGCCUUUUUCGGCAGCACCUUCCCUCACAUGCUCUUCAUGGUGUAUCCCAACGUGCUGCCAUCCAAAUCGCCCACCUCGCAAUCGCCUUUCUUGCUGAGCGGAUCCUCGCAACACCGCUCCGAUGCACGCACACACGCAGACCAGGCCGAUGUCGACGACUCGAUCAUGUCUAUUCCUGGUGCUGCAGGCAACGGAUCGUCGCUAUCAGGGGCAGCUGGGUCGUCGUCAGCGGUAGCAGCUGCGGCAGGAGGCGCCGCAGGUGGUCCUGGAUCCAACAACCCACCUGCCAACUCGACAGCAGCUGCAGCCGCCAAAGUGGAACGCUAUCGCCCGCGUAUCUUCGGAUUCCCUGUUCACGAGACGAGCAAGUUGCAAAAGUGGCAGGACAAGGUGCGCGACCAGCAGAUCGAGCGUCUAGAGAAGGUCGAGGCGGCUGGUGGGAUUGCUACGCCAGGUGCAGCGGCUUUCUUCCGUAAGGCGGUUCCAGCGGCACCACCUGCGCCGGUCGAAGGCGGUGCUCCGGCAUCGACGGUGACACCAGCACAGGCGGCGGGUUCCAAUGCAGCGGCAUCGACGGCUGCAGCGCCACCAGCAGUAGAAGCAACAGCAUCACCGGCGACGACGGCAGCGGCUGCAGGUCCACCACAGACGGCAGCAGCGACCAACACCACUAGCGCGCCAUUGCAAGCUGCUCCUGCUGCCACACGACCGUAG